GUCUGCGGAAAGGAAGGCCUGAUUCAUUUGGAAUCGACGUUGUGUGUGUUGGGAGAAAUAUUGUGUGUUAACUUGUAAAAAAAAAAUGCUACUGAACUUACCGUAUUGGUAGAACUAUAGCAGUUACUAAUCCAGGGUUGCUGUCUGGUCUUGUUACAUUCGUGACUUUAGAUGUUGUGGGCUAGAGGACAGGACUGGCAGUUUAAAAGAAGGAAGAAGAAAUAAUUAAGCUGUUCACAUUUUCUUGAAAAAGGCGGUAUUUUCACUCAUCCUGAGAUACAGCUUAUUUAUUGAACAGAUGACAGUUUCUCGUUUGCACAGCAUAUGUAAAGCAAUCAGGGCCAUGGGCAUGUGUGCAGCAAGUCACAGGGAUGGGAAAAUGGGAACAUGACGUCACAGUGUGUACUUUGCCCAUGUGUACUUACUUGAGCUCUGAUAUCUGAAUUUCAAAGGCAACAAUACUGAGGUCUAUUUUCUAUGAAUUUAGAAGGCAGAAAUGGAUACAUGGCUGAACGUUGCAGAGCAGCUUCCUUAUCCCUAAUAUAAUUGGCCUUUGGUUAUUUUGUUAUACAACGUCCUCUAACAAAAGUCCUUCUUAUCUGAUGAAAUGGAUUCUUCCAAGCAAUAUCCUGUGAAAAAACGAGUGAAAAUUCAUCCCAACACUGUGACAGUGAAAUAUAGUUCUUAUUAUCCACAGCCUGGAGAAGAAGGGUAUGAGGAACCUAGUGAAGAUAAUGAGAGUUUUACAGAAGAUAAUCCAAAAAGAAGAUUGUUGAGUGAUAGACAACGAACAGGAAAGUCCUUCUUUGGAACAAUUGACAUUCCAUUUCAGACAGGGCAGAAACUAGAAGUCAACAAGAAUGAACAAGGCCAAGAUUUUAUAGAAGGAAGCAUUUUUCAGUCCAGAAAAACUUGGGCUGUGCUUUUUGGAUCUGCUUUGGCCCAUGGUUGUGUAGCUUUGAUAACCAGACUUGCUGCCGAUCGUUCCAAAGUGCCAUCUCUUGAAUUGAUUUUCAUUCGUUCUGUUUUACAAGUUUUUUCUAUUUUAGUAGUGUGCUAUUACCAUGAAGACCCCUUUGGACCAAAAGGCCAUAGAUUGCGGCUAUUCUUCUACGGAAUAUGUAAUGUUAUUUCCAUUACCUGUGCUUAUACUUCCUUUGCAAUUGUUCCCCCAAGCAAUGGGACUCUUAUGUGGAGAGCUACCACCACUGUUUUCAGUGCCAUUUUAGCAUUUUUACUAGUGGAUGAGCGCAUGGCUUAUAUUGAUGUAAUUACUGUAGUGAGUAGUAUCUUUGGUGUUUGUUUGGUCAUGAUCCCUAACAUUGUUGAUGAAGAAAAUUCUCUGUUGAAUAUCUGGAAGGAAGUCUUUGGAUAUACAAUGACAGUUAUGGCAGGCUUAACCACAGCUCUGUCCAUGAUAGUAUAUAGAUCCCUGAAGGAUAAUGUCAGUAUGUGGACAGCAUUAUUUACUUUUGGUUGGACUGGAACAAUAUGGGGAGCUUCAACUAUGUUUUUCCUUCAAGAGCCAAUAAUUCCAUUGAAUGGAGAAAGCUGGAGCUAUCUCAUUGGCAUCUGUAUAUGUUCCACUGUGGCUUUUCUUGGUGUCUACUAUGCCUUGAGCAAAUUCCAUCCAGCAUUGGUUAGCACAGUGCAACAUUUGGAGAUUGUGAUAGCCAUGAUUCUUCAGCUUCUUAUACUACACAUCUUCCCCAGCGUUUAUGAUAUAAUUGGAGGAGCUGUAAUCAUUAUUAGCAUAAUUUUCCUUGCGUGUUAUAAGCUAUCUUGGAAAAACUUUAAAAAACAAGAUUACCAGGAAAUAUUAGAUUCUUCUAUUAAAUGACUAUAAACUUAUUGUAUUAUUAGUGUAGUAUGCAAUUAAUAUGACUGUGUGUGUAUAUAGUGCUGUUAACAGCAUACUAUGAUUUGUUGUUCAGGUACAUGACAUCAAAUCAGCCCUAAUACAGUUCAGUAGAGUUGUAUGAAAAUGUAUUUUUCAGAUAUGUGAAAAAUUGUUUUAAAACGUGAAAAAUAUGAAAAUCAUAUUCUUAGAUAGUAUACAGAAAGUGCCAAAGAUUAAUAGACAGUUUUUGCUAUGAAAAUGGUAUAUCUAUAUAAUCAUCAGGAACUUAUCUCAGUUCAAUGGAGUCUUUAUUUUUUUAUCCUUGGAAUCUAGAAAACGUAAUUUUAUUCUGUGUUUAAAAUAACACAGUAAUCUUGGUGUGGAAUAGAAUAGAAGUAAAUUAUAACAAUCUUAUUCCUUUUACUGGUUACAGAAACAAUUGUAUAGACUUUGUCUUUGAUCUUUGGUAUAUGGUUCAUUGUUAAAGAUAACACCUGAAUUGUGUAACUGCAGUUCUUCUUUUAAAUAAAAUGUAGUGAUAAUGAGCAAUUUGGUAUUUGAACAGAUAAACUCAAGUUACCAUUUUACUUGAUUCAAGGCCAAAAAAAUUAUAUGUAGUCUGAAGACAAUUGAUGUUAAUGAAAACCAUGUAAACUUUGUAACAUGUAAUAUUUUAUUAAAAAUGCUUCUGUGUUUAGGAUUACAAUGAUCAAAUAUUUGACAGAGAUGGACAUAAGGAUUUACGGUAAUUGUGUGGUAUGAAUAAUUCAAAUACUUUGAUUAUUCUGAUUGUGAUUAUAUGAUUUACCAGUGACAUCACAUGGUGACCUUAUCUAUGCUCAGUAGCUAGGUUGGGCUUGGCCCAAUUAAUUUUGAUGGAAACGACCAGCAAAUACCAGAGCUAUAAGCUGAGAAAUAAAAACCUACCCAUGACCAUUGCCACACUAUUGCCAAGAAGUCUUAGCAGUUGAGCUUGACUGGAAGGAAACUUUUACUUUACCUAAUAUUUAUAUGUGAUUGUAAUUCCAAUAUUUCAAGUCUCUAUGUUACCCCAUCUGAAUAUUUUUGAUUGUAUGUGUAUGUUUACAACUGAUAAAAAUAUCAGUCACAUGCUCCCUCACAAAAAUACAUAAUGACCCCAAAAUAUGGAAACUAAUACUGAGACCAAGUUACCUGAGGUAUCUGAAACAAAUCCAUUUUCCCCUGAAAUGCCAAUUCUAAAAGUAUCAAAAUGGAGUA